AUGAUGGAUCGGUUCAGUCUAGAGGUGGAAACGAUGUAUUUCAACGAUCCUGGCAAUCAAACCAACGUUUUCAACUUGAACGCCGAGGACCUGAAGAACCGCAUUGUGGACACGAUGGACUUUGUUAAGGAUCCAAUUUCAUCCAACGACUACUGUCCUGAGGAGGACCCUAAGAUCUAUCGUAGUCAGAAAACGGGCCGUGGUCCGUUGAACGAGGACUGGGUAAAUGAGUGUGUUCGAGCAGGUAAUUUACUUGCUAGUAGCCGUGUAAUUAGUUUUUCCCCAACGAUUGAGGCUGCGAUUUAA